AUGGGAAUCAAGGGUUACCAGCCCAUCGCGAAUCUCCCCGGCACGGCGACAUCAUUGGACGAACAGUCGCUUGCUGCAGCGCUUGAAGUAGCGUCCAAUGAGAAGAAGCCACGUCAUAUCAGGCAACUGGAGCAGGAGACGCUGAGCGUAGAGGAACUGGGCGAGCUGGAAAGAAUGCGGGCCAAUGGGAGCCUGCCGUUGACUGCUGAGGUGGCGGCGGCACUUGAGCGGGAUGACGGUGGCCGAAGCGGCGGAAGCGGUGGCAGUGGAGGGAAAGAGGAGGAGCAGCAUUCCAUUCAGUAUGUGAAGCAUGAAUUGAAGGCGAGGCUUCUGAAGGGAAAGCCGAUUCGCAGCUGGAUCAGGGAGCUCCAAGUGAUGUGGCGUGAUUCGACCGGCGCGCAGCACUCAGCGUUCUUUAAGGCGCGCGACGGCAAGGAGCAAGGGAGGGGCAGCAGCGGCUUCAUCGACCGACUGGAGCUCGACAGCUCGCCGGUGGCCCCGCCUCUGUCCGCCGGCUCUUUCGUCCUUGGCAGCGGCGGGUUCAAGCUGCUUCUGGCGGAAACACGGAGCUGCAAGGGGAAGGAUGAGGACGAGUUUCAUCUCAAGAUCGACGGCGUGGUGGACAUGGGCAUCACGGCGCGUUCGGCGCAUCCGCUCAUGCAGACGGCUACGGAGGCCCAGGCGCAUUUCAACGUGCACAUCGACCGGCUCAAUCACACAAAUGGCAUUCACGGUGUGCUGGGUCAGACCUUCCGAGGUGAGGAAUCCCGCAAGGUGCGCUCGCUGCGAUACCGCCUGCUGACCCGCCUGCUGCGCGAGCCGGUGGAGGUGGAGAGUGAGAGCGGCAGAGGAUUCCUGGAUGGGCACACGGAGGACUACAUCACCUCCGAUAUUCACUCCACAGAUUGCAUGUACGCUGCUGCUUGGCGGAGGGGGGAACACGAGAGCAGCGAUGCAAGCGAUCUCAUGUGA